AUGACCAUGCUACCGGCAGAAACCCACGCCGAGCUGACGCAGCUCCUCGAAGCUCUGCAGUCUCCAGACAACUCCAUACGGUCCCAAGCCGAGGCGCAUCUACAAACCCAUUGGACGAACACCCGGCCCGAGAUCUUGUUGAUGGGGUUAGCCGAGCAGAUUUCUGCCUCCAGUGCAACAAGUCUCCGUUCUUUUGCUGCUGUUAUAUUUCGCCGAAUAGCCUCCAAGGUCCGCAAGUCAGACAAGGGUGAGAGCGGCGAGGUGUUCACCCUCCUGCCUCCCGAGCAAGCCAGCGUUAUUCGCCAAAAACUCCUCGAGACUCUCGCCAACGAGACAGAUCGCCGGGUGAGGAAUAAAAUCAGCGACGCCGUUGCCGACGUGGCAAGGCAGUACUCUGAAAAUAACAAGCAAUGGCCCGAAAUCCUAGCUGUCCUCUUCAACAUGAGCAUGGCGGCAGAUGCUGGCCAGCGCGAAACUGCAUAUCGUGUCUUUGCGACAACGCCCGGCAUUAUAGAGAAACAGCACGAGGGCGCGGUGUUAGAAGCAUUCAAUAGGGGCUUCAAAGAUGACUCGGUCGCUGUUCGCCUAGCCGCCAUGGAGGCUUUUGCCUCCUUCUUCCGAAGCAUCUCGAGGAGGGACCACGCCAAAUACUUUUCACUCCUGCCAGAUGUUCUUAAUAUCCUUCCUCCUAUUAAGGACUCGCACGAUUCCGAAGACCUUAGCAAGGCUCUUGUGGCCUUGAUUGAACUGGCAGAGGCAUCGCCCAAGAUGUUCAAGCCCUUGUUCCAGAACCUGGUCAUGUUUAGUGUUAGCGUCGUCCAAGAUAAAGAACUUAGCGACAUCUGUCGGCAGAAUGCGCUCGAACUCAUGGCCACCUUUGCCGACUAUGCCCCGUCGAUGUGCCGUAAGGAUCCGUCGUACACGAAUGACAUGAUCACACAGUGUCUCAGUUUGAUGACGGACCUCGGCGAGGACGACGACGACGCGGCUGAAUGGCUCUCAUCCGACGACUUCGAUCAGGAAGAGAGCGAUCUAAACCACGUUGCGGGCGAGCAAUGCAUGGAUCGUUUGGCUAAUAAGCUCGGCGGCGAGACUAUCCUCGCGCCAACGUUCCACUGGCUUCCGAGAAUGAUGACGUCUAUGGCCUGGAAGGAUCGCCACGCCGCUCUCAUGGCGAUUUCCGCCAUCUCCGAAGGUUGUCGAGACCUUAUGAUCAAGGAACUUAGCCAAGUUCUUGAGCUCGUUGUACCCGCACUCAAGGACCCCCACCCGCGCGUUCGCUGGGCAGGGUGCCAGGCCCUGGGUCAGAUGAGUACCGACUUUGCGCCGACGAUGCAGAAGGAGUACUUCGAUACGAUACUGAAGACCAUCAUUCCGGUACUCGACUCUCCCGAGGGUCGUGUUAAAGCCCAUGCCGCCGCUGCCUUGGUCAAUUUCUGCGAGGAGGCUGAGAAGACCAUUCUCGAGCCCUAUCUCGAUGACUUAUUAUCCCACCUAUUCCAGCUCCUCCAGAACGACAAGCGAUACGUCCAGGAGCAGGCGCUUUCUACUAUCGCUACCAUCGCCGACGCUGCCGAGGCGGCCUUUUCCAAGUACUAUGAUACCCUGAUGCCACUGCUGGUCAACGUCCUGCGACAAGAAACUCAAAAGGAGUAUCGAUUGCUCCGUGCCAAGGCCAUGGAAUGUGCCACCUUGAUAGCGUUGGCUGUCGGCAAGGAACGUCUCGGCAACGAUGCAAUGACUCUCGUGGACCUCCUCGCCAAUAUCCAGACCAACAUUACUGACGCGGACGACCCACAGUCUCAGUAUCUCAUGCAUUGUUGGGGACGUAUGUGUAGAGUCAUGGGGGCAGACUUUCUACGCUUCCUACCGAACGUCAUGCCCCCGCUAGUCGAGUUAGCCAGCGCGAAGGCUGAUAUCCAACUGCUGGAUACGGACGACGAGAUCGAGCAAUUCCAGCAAGAGGAUGGAUGGGAGCUGGUCCCGCUCAAGGGAAAGAUGAUAGGAAUCAGAACCAGCACAAUGGAUGACAAGCAUAUGGCGAUUGAGCUGCUUGUCGUCUAUGCCCAAACCCUCGAGGAGCACUUCGCUCCAUACGUCGCCGAUACAAUGGAGAAAAUCGCACUGCCCGGCCUCGCAUUCUUUUUCCACGAUCCGGUUCGGUUUAUCUCGGCGAAGCUCGUGCCCCAGCUUCUCAGCUCGUAUAAGAAAGCUUAUGGGCCUGGUUCCAACGAACUUCGGGGCCUGUGGGCCGCAACAGUAGAUAAAUUACUCGAAGUCCUCACAGCCGAGCCAGCCAUCGAUGCCCUAGCUGAGAUGUACCAGUGCUUUUACGAGUCCGUGGAGGUGGUUGGCAAGGACUGCCUCACUCGGGAGCAUAUGGGGAAAUUUAUCGAUGGGGUCCACUCGGCGAUCGAAGAUUAUAAAGACCGAGUUGUUCGGCGCGAGGAAGACAAGGCGACAGCCACGGCUGAAGACGUCGAAGAUGAAGCCGAAGAGCUUAUGCUUGCGAUCGAAGAUGACCAAACACUGUUGUCUGACAUGAACAAGGCGUUUCAUUCUAUCUUUAAAAACCAUGGCGCCGCAUUCCUUCAGCCGUGGGAGCGUCUUAUGGGAACGUAUGAGAGCUUCCUCACAUCGGCGGAUCCCACCCAGCGUCAGUGGGGACUAUGCAUUAUGGACGACGUCCUAGAGUACUGUGGACCAGAAAGUGUUCGCUACGCUCAGGCCAUCAGCACCGCUCUCCUAGAAGGCUGCAAGGACCCUUCUGCCGCUAUUCGGCAAGCCGCUGCAUACGGUAUAGGGGUGGCCGCCCAUCGUGGAGGGUCGCCUUGGUCUCAGUUCCUAGCUACGUCGAUACCCUACCUAUUCCAGGCGAUCCAGAUACCUGACGCCCGAGGCGAGGAGGCUAUAUAUGCCACUGAGAAUGCAUGCGCUGCGAUCGCUAAGAUCCUUCAUUUCAAUAAACAGAGGGUACAGGACCCGCAGAUGAUUGCAACUCAAUGGAUUAACACCUUGCCCGUCACGAACGACGAGGAAGCUGCGCCGUAUGCGUACGGCUACCUGGUAGAACUGAUCGAACAGCAAAAUCCUGCGGUAACCAGCCAGGUUGACAAGGUCUUCGUCUACAUAGGACAGGCUCUGGAGGCUGAGAUGCUCCACGGCCCACUAAGCGCUCGUGUCGCUCAAGCGAUACAGAUUUUGCUCCAGUCAGCCAACGUUGACCCGACACCGUUGCUGCAACGGCAUUUCUCACCCGAGGGGCAACAGAUUAUCAGGCGUCACUUCGCCUAA